AUGGAUAACUAAUAAUUGAUCGAAGAACCUUAGAUUAUCAACUAUGAAUAUUAAAAUCCAGAAAGAUCAUAAGAAGGAUUUAGAAGUUUAAAACCUUUAAAUGAGUAAGAUGAAAUUUAAUAAAUCAAUAAGUCUCAAUUAAAGAAUUUAAAUUCAUCUUCUAUUUAAGGUUUUUCUAAAUAAUAGAGCGGAAUAGGCCAAGAGAAUCAAGAUGAUGACUUAAAUUUCAUUUAAAAAGAAAAAUAAGGAAAAAAUAGUAUUGAAACCCUGUAAGGUGAAUAAUAAUAAAUCCCACUUUAAUAAUUUAAUUAAAAAGAAGAGAACUUAAUUGAAAAUGAAUCAAAGGUUCCUGAAGUUUAAAUACACCAAAAGAAAAUACAGAAAACAGAUGAUAAAGAACUCAAAAAUUAUUCUCAAUUUAAUAAUAAUUCCAAAACAAAGGAUGUUAAACAAGUGACAAUUAAUCUCUCAAUCGAAUAGAAUUCUAAACAUAAUUCAGAUUUGAAAAAUGAAUAAUAAUAAAACAUUAAAAAAAAUUUUUAGAAAUAAAUAUAAUAAUACAAGAGAGAUGAGAAAUAAUGUAAUUAGAUGAUAGAAUCUAAUUUAAAUCAAAUCUUUUUAUUUUAUACUAAUUAAUUUUAAACUCAUAAUAAACAAACAAAAGAUUAAAUUUUAUAAAAAUAAGUUUUAAAUUUACAAUAAUUUAUGAAUUUUUGCAAAGAUUUUCAAAUACUAGAUUUAUAAGUGACUAAUGAAUUUAUUUAAUAAUAUGCUGGUCACAAAGUCUAAAAACCUUUGUAUAAAAUAAAAUAUAAGAACAGAGUCGGAGGUACUUACGUAAUUUCAAAGUAUAUCCUAGAGGAAAUUUUUUAGAAAUGUUCAAAUAUUCAUUAAUUAAGUUUUUAAGAGUUUUUAUACUCUUUGAUAAAAAUAGCAGAUAUUACAUUUCCAGUUUCUAACUCAUUGCAAGCAUUUUAUUUGUAUUUAGGCUUUCAUGAUCCAGAAAUCUAUUCCAAAAAGUUAAUAAAUCCUUAAGAUAUGAAUUAAACUAGAAUGCAAGUUUAAACCACUCCUAAUAUUAAAUAAGAACUUAAAAUCACCCGUUCAGUAGAAAAAUAAACAAAAUCUCAAAACCAUAGAAUUGAUUAUUUAUAACCGAUUUCUAAGUUGAAUUAGAUUUAACUUCUGCAAAAAAACACUAAAAUAUACUCAAAUAGAAAUUAGGGAUAAAUUGUUAAAUACGAUUAUAGAGAUGACAUUUGUGAUUUUGACCCUAGAAAAUUACUUUUGGAAGGCGAUCUAAUAGACUAAGAGGAUGAAUUUUAUUUAAGAGAUUAUUAGAUAAAUAACCAAGGAGGAGUUAAAAAAUAAGAACUUAUCAAUUAAUAUUAGGAAAGAAUCAAAUAUUACUAGUAUCCAUAUUAAAACUAAUAAUCUAAAAGUAAGCAAGGUUAAACAGAAUAAAUAUAUAUAUAAUAAAAUCAAUAAGAUUUAUAACAAAAUUUGAGGCUUCAACAAAACACUAUGUCUAUAAAAACUAUUUUAGAAAAGCAAGAUGCUUAUCUGGUCAAUUCUAAAAUAAAUUAAACGACAAAAUAAUUGUAAAAGUAAAAAUUUUAAUAAAUUCAUCCUAAUUCAUUUGAACUUAGGAAUAAUUAUAAUAUUGUAAAAUAACUUCCAGCCUUAAAUUUAUCUUAUGCUUACCCAAAUAUAAGUUCAUCGAUUGAGAGAGAUUAGUUAAAUACAUCCUAAAAUCACUAGUAAAUCAAAGAGAACACAAAAAGAUUGGAAACAACGAAUGAAAAAAGGGAAUUGAAAGGAAUCUUAAAAAAUUAGUACUAUUCAAUUAGAAAGAUUUUUAGAAAAUGA